AUGGCCAACACCAACACCAACCCCCCAUCCCUCAGCGCCAUUCAGCAGCGAGUCUGGGAGGGGAGGUUACCGUUAGAGAUCGUCCUCGAUCCUUCAGAAUGUCGCACUUAUGACCAGUGUGAUCCGUAUCUUAUCUCCUAUCCACGCAUCUCCUAUCUCCCCUUUUUACUACCUAAACUCCAUGCAUUCUUCUCCUCGUCCCUGAUCGACCCCGACUGUCAGCCACAUCAGGGUUGGUUCUCAUUCGAAGGUGUGCCAUUAAAAUGGCACUAUCCUGUCGGUCUUCUCUACGACCUGUACUCUGGCGCCGACCCCGUCUCCAAAUCGAGUGGUGGUGCUGAGCACAAUCCGGGACACUCCAUUUCGAUUGCCAGGAAAGACGGCGGCGAGUCGCAGAUCCUGCCAGAGGAGAAAGAAAAGUCCCCUCUUCCGUGGCGAUUGACGCUGCAUUUCCAGAACUGGCCGGACGAAGACCUCGUUCGACUGGACCCAGACGGCAUGGUGAUGCACGACGCGUUUAUCAACAGCGUCAAGGAGGCUGAUUUUCUGCGGAAUGGGAAUGCCAAGGGGAUCAUGAGUCUGUCCAAGGAGGACUCAUCUGGACUGUGGAAGGCUGUGCAAGAUCUAACGCCAGUACUAACAUUCACUUCACUAGAUGACCUCGCCUCCUACCGACGCAUCACAAAUAUCCUCCUCCCUCCUCCAUCCCAACCAUUCCGCAACGUCCCCAUCCGAUUCUUCCUCCCCCUGCCACCCGACGCCGGACGACCCUCCCUCAAAGUUGUCCAGUCGCCUCUCCCACCAACGAUCACGACCUCCUCCAGCUCCACCUCCACAUCCGCCUCCAGCUCCAGCUCCGGCAGCACAGAUUCAGCACGCGGCUCGCACCAGCGCCAACAGCCGCAAACGAUCGGAACAGCCCUCCACUCCCUCCUUCCGAAUCUCUUCCCCAGUCGCAGGAUCCCCGUGCUCGCGAAGCCCGUGCUUCACGGCGCCGUCGUGCCCAUGACCGCGCCCAUCGAGGAGGUAGUCAGGAGCUCGGCGUAUGGCGACGGGUGGGCGGCGAUUGUCAUCUGCAUGGUGGGGUAG